UGGAAGUUGAAUUAUCAUUCAAACUUCUGUACACACCUGCUUCUGCUUAUCAUAUAAAUAUACCAUCUUACCAACACCAUAUAAACCAACUUCUCACAAUCCCAACAAAUCUCUCUCUCUCUCUCUCUCUCUCUCUCUCUCUAGCAAGAGCAAUUCAAGAACACAACGAGGUUGAACUUUCUGGGGAAAGAUCAAGAAUGGAAAUGGAGUCAUGUGUCCCUCCGGGCUUUCGAUUUCACCCUACUGAAGAAGAAUUAGUGGGUUAUUACCUCAAGAGAAAGAUUAAUUCCCUGAAAAUUGAUCUUGAUGUCAUAAUUGACAUUGAUCUCUACAGAAUGGAGCCCUGGGACAUCCAAGGCAGUUGCAAGUUGGGAUAUGAAGAGCAAAAUGAGUGGUAUUUUUUCAGUCACAAGGACAGAAAAUACCCAACUGGAACUCGAACUAAUAGAGCCACUGCUGCUGGUUUUUGGAAGGCAACUGGAAGAGACAAAGCGGUGGUUUCAAAGGCCAAAUUAAUAGGAAUGAGGAAAACUUUAGUAUUUUACAGAGGGCGUUCACCCAAUGGAAGAAGAACUGACUGGAUCAUGCAUGAAUAUAGGCUCCAGAAUUCUGAAAAUGGACCCCCUCAGGAAGAAGGAUGGGUCGUAUGUCGUGCAUUCAAGAAACCGACUCCGAGUCAAAAACAAGGUUUCGAAGCCUGGAAUAAUUCUUACUAUGACAGCAGUUAUAGGCCUCCAUCAUGUCUGGGUACACCAAAUACAAUGCAGACAUUUGAUCCAAUUAAUCAAGGAACAAACUUUCAAUUACCCUCAUCAUUUGCUGCAGAUCAGCAGCUAAUAUCCAAUCAUAAUCGUUUCGAGUAUCAGCUAGUCGAGCUUCCAAAACGCAAUAGCCCAUCGAUAUCUGCGAUGAAAGAAAGUUUUGAGCAUAAUGCUAUAGCCUGCAAUGAAGAUACGGGAGAUCAGAUGAAAAACUAUGAUAAUCAAUACAGCGAUUGGAAGAAGUUCGAUAAGUUUCUUGCAUCACAAGUCAUUGAUGAACCUCCAUCGUUUGCACAUGGACAAGUCCAGCUUCCAAAACUCGACAGCCCCUCGACUGAAGAAAGUUUCGAGCAUAAUACUAUAACCUGCAGUGAAGAGGUAGGAGAUAUGAAGAGAAAGUAUGAUAAUCAGGAUAGCGAUUGGAAAAACUUUGAUAAGUUAAUUGCAUCACAAGUCAUUGAUGAUUCCUCAUCGUGCGCAUACACAAACUUGCAGCCAUUAGUCUCCCAAAAUGAUGAGCUUGAAUGGUUUCCGGACUUAUAGUUUUUUGAGGAAAUUUCAUAGAUUCAUCAUUCAUCCAAUGACCAUUCUCGACUUCCAUCAGAGCUAGGCAUGCUUUUUUUCCUAAGAUCAUAGUACUGCCCUAUGUUUGGGUGGAUUGAAUUGAUAAUUUACAUAAUUUUAACUGUUUCUGUUAUUCAAAAAUUGUAAUUUCGUCAAUAUUAUUGGAAACUUUGAUUGAAGUA